AUGAGUGGAAUUGUUCCGUCCAGUGUGUUUUUGAGCGCAAUUCGUAUAGGAUUUGCGGUGUACCACUACAUGGAUACCGUACAAGAGAAUCUAAAAAAGAUUGAUAUGAAUUUAAGAAUAGUGCUCAGUCACGCGGGGGCCUUGACUGGACAGAAAGUCGAUCUUCUACCGUUAUGGGACGCAUUCUUGGACAACAAGUUCGUAGAAGCCGAGAAACACGGUAAAGACUGGCUGACAGGCCGCUUCGAGAGAGCUCUUAAAGAUAUCACGAAAACUCGCAAGAAGUACCGCGCCCUUCUCACCCGUAUGCAAAAGCAAGAGAAAGGAAAAUUGGCAGAGUAG